AUGAAGUGGCUUGUGAUCCUUGGGCUGGUGGCCCUCUCAGAGUGCUUAGUCAUAAUCCCUCUCACGAAGGUCAAGUCCAUCCGAGAAAACCUCAGGGAAAAAGACUUGCUGCUAAAUUUCCUGAAGGAACAUCCCUACAACAUGAUCCAGAAAUUCGGGCUAAAGGGUUCUCUCUGUUCCCCAAAAAUCUCUUGUCUUCGCCUGUGGAACUACCUGGAUAUGGUCUACGUGGGCAACAUCACCAUUGGCACACCCCCGCAGCUGUUCAGUGUCAUAUUUGACACCGCCUCAUCUGACUUGUGGGUGCCCUCCAACCAAUGCCACAGCAGAGCCUGUGUUACACACAGGUCAUUCAAUCCAACUCUUUCCAGUACCUUCCAGAGUUCAAAUCGGACCGUCAAACUGGCCCCUCAUUCUGGGCUAGUGUCUGGAUUACUGGGAUAUGACACCGUUCAGAUUGGCAGAUUCAAGAGCGAGAACCAGGCAUUUGGCUUGAGCCAGUCAGAGCCUGUAAAGGAACUUGAAAAUGCAUUCUUUGAUGGCGUCCUGGGCCUGGGCUAUCCCAGCCUCGCCAUCCAAGGGACCACCCCCGUCUUUGACAACUUAAGGAAGCAAGGGCAAAUUCCGGAGCCUGUCUUUGCCCUCUACUUGAGCACCAAUACAAAGAAGGGCAGCGUGCUGAUGAUUGGCGGCGUGGACAACAACUUCUUCACAGGAAACCUCAAGUGGGUGCCCCUGUCAGCGCGAAACUACUGGCAGAUCACCUUGGACAGGAUCACCUGGAGAGGGGUGGUUGUUGGUUGUACCCGUGGCUGCCAGGCCAUCUUGGAUAGUGGGAGCGCAUUCCUGCUUGGCCCAAGUAGACAGAUCUCCAGCAUCCAGAAGAUUAUCCAGGCCAGGUUCAUUGAGAACGAGUACCAGGUCCGAUGUUGUGCCAGGACGACCCUGGCUGACUUCAUCUUCACCAUUAACAACGUCCAAUACCCAGUGCCAGCUCGUGCCUACAUCCGAAAGGGUUCUACUCCUCGCCGCUGCUACAGCAACUUUAGUGGAGGCACAGAAAGCUUGGGCAAGGAGGAGACGUGGAUCCUGGGUGAGGUCUUCUUAAGGCUGUACUUCACUGUUUUUGAUCGAGGACAGAACAGGAUUGGCCUGGCUAUCGCGGUGUAA